AUGGAAAAUUCACUAGAACUUUGGGAUGCUUUACAGCAUAGAUAUGAUCACCAGAAAAUGGUGUUACUUCCAAAGGCUAGCAACGACAAGAAAAAUCUCAGAUUCUUGGAUUACAAGUCGGUGGAUGAGUACAAUUCAGUCUUAUUUAAGACGGUCUCAAUGCUGAGACUUUGUGGUGAAAUAGUAACCGAAGAAGAGUUACUUGAGAAAACAUUCUCUACAUUUCAUUCAUCAAACAUAAUACUGCAGCAGCAGUACAGAAUGAAAGGCUUCGCCACAUAUACUGAUCUGAUCUCGUGUCUACUUCUGGCCGAGGCAAACAAUGAGCUCCUGAUGAAGAACAGUGAAGCUAGACCUGUUGGAACAGCCCCAUUACCAGAAGCCAAUGAAGUUGAAAAGAAAGGCCCUAAUGAGUGCAACUACGUCCAAAACAAUAAGAGAUCACACGGCAAUGGCCAUGGUGGUUACAAGGGACAUGGCCAUGACAAUUACUCGAACAGCCGAGACAACUACUCGGCCGGCCGGAGAGGAAACCACAAUAACCGUGGUCCUUGUUCCAAUCCUGGCCGUGGCCGAGGAAGUUAUGGCCGUGGUCGAGAAAGUAUGAAGAACAAGAACCUGGAGGCUCACAUGGUUCAUGAUUCCGGUUAUGAGGCUGAUAAUGAAUCCGACAUUGCUAAAGAUGACCAAAUGGAUUUUGAAACUUCUGAUUGUCUCAAGGACUAA